AUGGAUCUCUUACAAACAGUGCGCAAGGAAGGAAGUCGCGGUGGACGCGCCGAGUUCAAAUGGGAAGAUGUCAAGCAGGAUACUCAGCGCGAAAACUAUCUCGGCCAUUCCCUGAUGGCGCCGGUUGGUCGCUGGCAGCAAGGCCGUGAUCUAAACUGGUACGCCAAAGGCGAUGCUGAUGGCGAAACGGAAAAAUCCGCGGCGGAGAAGCUCGCCGAAGAGAAACGAAAAAUCAAAGAAGCCGAAGAAGACGCCAUGCUGCGCGCCAUGGGUCUACCGGUCCCUGAUAGGGCUUCCACCAACGCCAAUCUGACCCCCUUGGGCGCAAAAGCACACGACGCCGAGGUCGAGAAAGCGCUAGAAGGAAAGGCAGAGGAUGGCGACAAGGAAGAGCGGGUUACAGAGAAGAAAGAGCGAUCGCGAAGACACAGAGACUAUGACGAUAAGAGCCGGAGGAGACGACAUAGGUCGAGAAGUCGAUCAAGAGACCGCCGUGAGAGGUAUCGGGAUAGAUCUCGUUCGCGUGAGAGAAGGAGGGACAGGGGAAGGGAUGACGAUCGCGAGCGACAUAGACGGAGAUCGAGAAGUCGUGAGUACAAGCGUCGAGACGACCGUUACGACCGAUCAAGACGAGAUGACCGCCGCCGCUCACGCUCGCGUUCGAGAGACUACGACCGAAGACGCCGUAGCAUGUCACCAUAUCAAAAGCGCGAAAGGAGACAAUCAUAA